AUAUAUUUAGCUUUUCUAUGUAGGUUAAUAUAUAUACAGUCUACAAUUUUACUUUGUAAUUCUGCAAAGACAUGCAACAUGACGAGGUAAUUUGGCAACUAAUUAAUCGAGGAUUUUGCUCGUUUAAAAUAAAAACCGAACAGAAAGCGUUAUGUAGAAACGAAUAUAAUUUAACUGGAUUAUGUAACCGACAAUCAUGCCCACUCGCAAACAGCAGAUAUGCGACAAUUAAAGAAAUUGAUGGUGUAUGUUAUCUCUAUAUGAAAACAAUAGAACGUGCUCACAGUCCAGCAAAAUUAUGGGAGAGAAUUAAAUUGAAUAGAAAUUAUGAGAAAGCUCUAGAACAAAUUGAUAGACAUUUAAUUUACUGGCCAAACUACAUCAUACAUAAAUGUAAACAGAGAUUUACUCGUAUCACACAGUACUUAAUUCGAAUGAGAAAACUAAAGCUUAAAACACAGAAAAAAUUGGUGACUGUUAAUAAAAAAAUUGAACGCAGAGAAAAAGGAAGAGAGGCGAAAGCGCUUGUAGCUGCGCAAAUUGAAAAAAAUAUUGAAAAAGAAUUGCUGGAAAGGUUAAAGAAAGGAACAUAUGGGGAUAUCUACAACUUUCCAGAAACAGCUUUCGAUAAAGUUUUAGAAGACCAAGAAAUUGAAUCUGAUCAUGGUGAGGACGAGGAGGAAGAGAACGAGCUAGAAGAACCAGAAGAAUCCGAGGAGGAAGAUGUACCCGAAUUUGUUGAAGAUGACGAACUUGAGGAGAGCGAAAGUGAUAUGGAGGAUUACGAAUAUUCCACGGAAGAAAGCGAUAAAGAGGAAGUUCAAAAAGACACUCCAUCUUCGAGCAAGAGAAGGAAAAAGAUUGAGAUAGAAUACGAGCAUGAAGUGGAACCGAAAAAGAAACUAAAAGCCAUAAACUGAGUCCAUUGAGAUUAUAUAUAUCAGGCUUUAUUUCAAAUUAUAACCAAAAGUUUUUUAAGAGAGAUGAAUCAAAAUUAUGUUUGCAUGUCGCUAAAGAGAACUUUGUUACUUUUUCAUAGCUUUCAAAUUAUUCGAAUUGGAAAGACUUGCAGUGCGUCAUAAAGUGUUUGGUAAACUAGGAAUAUUUCGGUUAUAAACAGUCGGUGAGAGAGUAAUGUGUGAAUUGUUGAGUAUUUUUAUCUGGUUUUAUCGAAUUACAUAAAACGCUACAAAA